AUGCCACCACUCGACAAACCUGACGUCAACACUGCCGCCGCCGCCGGCGUCAACGGCGUCACGGAAACUCGCUACCGCGGUGUCCGAAAGCGGCCGUGGGUCCAUUACGCAGUUGAGAUCAGAGAUCCAGGUAAGAAGAGCCGCAUGUGGCUAGGUACAUUUGAUAUCGCCGAAGAGACGGCGCGUGCGUACGAUUCCGCGAUGCGUGAGUUUCGAGGUGAAAAGGCGAAGACGAACUUCCCUACCUCUACCGAAUUGUGGCUUCCUACGGUCGCCGCUUACGAUGGAGGAAAUAAGACUGUGACUACAAGCCCAACCGGAAUUAUUCAGUCCGUUCCGCCGCCGUUGGCACUCAAUCUCAGCCUCGCGCAUCAUCCGGUUGCUUUUCCGAUGCAUAAUCUGUUGCUUCUGUUUCAUUUGCAUAUCAACAAAUGUCUCGAAAUAUUAAGAUUUGAUAGAUCCGUUGCCAAUCCUCUUAAUUUAACAAUUGGUUCUGUUGCUGAAACCGACUCCGAUUCCUCAUCAGUUGUGAAUUUCAGUUAUCGUUAUUGA